AGUUGAGGUGAGACGUCCGGGGCUGAGACUGGCACCGUCAGACGGUCACAGGGCGGUCGAGUGGUGGCAGACCGCAGGAUCGGCGUUCGAGCUACUGGUUUGUGUUCAGAGGAUAGUGCGAGGUACGGAAGGCCUGAAGAGCGUGAGUCACUGGUAAUCGUGUGUGAUCUGCGGAACGGUAUAGCGGAACCAGAAGGGUGGCGAGGCUGAAAGGGCAGAGCAGACCGCUCGGAAGGGUCUGUACCGGGAGGCCAGGUGUGGUCACCGGAGUGGGACAGUAGCUGUACAGCAGCGAGACAGGUGGAGCUGAGACCGGACAGUGACCGGACAGUGGUCGGACAGGUGUAGGUGUCUAGGCGGGACAGUGACCGUGGAGCGUUUUAUUAGGAUAGUGGCGUGGAGACUGUGUUUGAUUGGGACAGUGGCCGGAGAGGUAGUGCUUGAUUGUAACGGUGAUUGGAGAGGUGAGCUUCAGGACACCUGCUGACAUAUUAGUCCGGAACUAGACGGUGACACGAUAGUGGCUAUUCGCUGGGGACCACGUGAACUGCCAACUCCGAGUUACUGCUUCAGACAGGUGCACCAACUGAGCAGCCAGACUGAGUGUGAUUGGAAGAGCGUUACUCCGGGGAGAGUAUAAAUAAGGACACGAUGACGGCGUUACUGUGGCUGCUGCUGCUGCUCGGAAGCUCUUUGUUAUGUGCAGCUGCAGGACAAGAUUAUGAAGUGGCCGAGAUCCGCUGCAGUUUCUCCGGGCAGGACGGCGCUCCGGACCGCCUCUCGGCCCGGCUCCGGAAGCCCCCCGGAUUCCGGGGCGACCCGCUGUUCGCCGACGACCGUCAGGUGAUCCCCCAGCUGGACAGCGCGUGUCAGAUCCGGGCUGACCCCAGUGACCCGGACCGACUCAUCUACAGCCUGCUCGUCACGGACUUCUCCCGCUGCGGGGUGCUCAAACGAGACGGUUUCGUGAACGUGCGGCUGUGGUUUCCGCAGCUGCCCGGCGUGGUGAUGAUGUCCGACCAGGAGGUCAUCAUCAUGUGCAAGCCCACCCAGGCGACCGUGGUCGAGGAGCGCGUGGCAGCCUUCGCCGGGAGAGUCCCCUCCGGCGGCCGUGUGUCCGGCGUCGUGGAGGAGUCGCCCGGCCGGCUGGAGUACGAGGUCGGCCUGUUCCGGGAGAACAGCCUCAACAGCGGCAAGUUCAGCGUGCCCGUCGACGAGCCGGUGCCGAUCGGGACGCGGCUGCAGCUGCUCACCAGGAUCAGCACCGACGCCGCGUGGAAGUACGCCGAGCUGCUGGAAGUUACCGUCUCUGGCAGUCAGACCGACCCGUACGCACCGGGAUUCGUUCAGCUCGUCCAGGACAGCUGCCGUAACCCGGAGCUGACGUCGAUCGUGCUCACCCAGCCGUACCAGACGGCCGAGCGGCCGCACGAGGUGCGGCUGACCCUGGAGGCCUUCCUGCUGGGUCAGGCGGACGGCCAGCAGGACGCCACCCAGCUGUGGCUGCACACCAAGGUGCUCGCCUGCGCCCGCAAGGACGACUGCAAACCGGCGUUCUGCCUGGACCUGUUCCAGCCAUCGGGCCACGGUCGCCGCCGCCGCCGCUCGGCCAGAGCGCCCGUCACCGACACGCCGACCACAGCGCGCAGUCUGUCCUCCAAUCUCACUAGCUUUGGAGAUAACAUCGGCAUCAAAGUGGUCAUGCCCGAAGAUUUUUACGUGGCCGCCUCGCGGAUGCAGAGCUCGUGCUCGUCGUUCGCCGUGCUGAUCUCUCUGAUGGGCUGCUUCCUGGCCAUCUCGUGCGGUCUGCUCUGCUUCCUCGCCGUGCGGUUGCAGCGCUCGCUGGCCGCGCAGAAACGAGAGUCGCUGGACGACGUCAUCUUCCGGCACAUGCGUCAGCUGGAGAGGGAGCGGGAGCGCGUGCGGAAACUGCACCACGAGAACCUCAGCAACCCCGAGUACGCCACCGACACGAGCACAAUCUCGGCCGGCUCCGUGGCCGAGUUCUGAGCGGAGUCCUCCCGGAGCGAGGCAGUGGAGUGCGAUAGAAGCGAGGAGAAUUGCGGAGUUCUGAGCGGAGGGCUACACUCCGAGCGAGACGGUGGAGUGCGAUGGUAGGAGGGGAGGUAUGGUGUAGAACCGAGCGACGAUAAGAAUAGCUCGUGAAGUCGGAGUAGCGGGGUGAUACCAGACGGUUACAAUGUGGAGAGGUGGCGUCUAGUGUAUGUAGCGCAUGCAGAUUGUAGAACAGUGUUCGUAGAAGUGGUUGAACGUGCAGUGAAUAACAGAGGAGACGAUCUCUACAGUAACGCACAGUUUAGUCCGAAGUUAUCAGAAGCGUUACAAGAAACGGAGGUCGACGUCAAGUUUUAACUUCCUUAUUUCCCUUGAUUAGAGAUGAACUAAGCAGUUGACCACGAGUAGCAAGGAGUGAGCUGCGUCACAGUCACAUUUCAUCAAUGGAUAUAUCCGAUACCUAACUGGACUUGCGUUCCGCGGUGACGUGUUCCUACAGUGGUACCGUCGUGUUGCCUGUCCGCCGUCAAGCACGCGGUUCAAGGGAUGUUCCGGAAUAGGCCAGUGCGUGCCGGUCCGCUGCCGCGCUCCGCCCGCCCGUGACGCCCGGCGCCGGCCCGUGACGGCCUGUGACGGUAUGUGACGGUACGUGACGAGCGGGCCGUGCCGGGGUGACCGACCCGGACACUUUUGCCGGCCAUCAACCCAGCAAUGUCUGCAGUUGCAGUUCAGUACCGACAUGACAGGGAGCCCCGGACGGCGAAUGAGCACGCACAGACGAGGAAGAGGCAGAGUGACACGAAGGGAGGCAGAGUGUCUCGGACAGAUAUAAAGUGUCAUUCCCGGUCGGCAUAACUACCCAACAGACAUGACCGUUUGGGGAUGACCAUGAAAAUGUCCUAACCGACACAGUGUAGCCUCGUACACGAACCGAUACGAACUGAAAACGACUUAGAAGUGAACUGAGACUAGAAUGAAACUGACAGCUUUUUUAGUGUCAGUGAAUCACAUGAGGUGUAUUGGGCAUUACUUGAAUAGGAGUGGAUGGGAAUGGCUGGGAAGCAUGAAUAAAAGAUGCAGUUUCUGGCCAUUUAUAAUGAUGCAUGCUUAUUUGUGAAAUUGGCGUGCGUAUCUACAACUUAGGUAGUGAGGCAUUCAAAGGUCACUUUGUUAAAUAAAUGGCUUCAUUACGCAUCCUGAAUCCUGAUAUGUAUGACAGUGUGGAUUGUGGAAUAAUGUAGGCAAAUAAAAGCUAUGA